AUGGAGAACCCCUCAUUCGUUUUGCGUGCUGUCAAGGACGUUGUCAUUGAGGACCGUCCCAAGCCCGUCCUCAAGGACCCUUACGAUGUCAUUGUCCACGUUGCGCAGACUGGUAUCUGCGGUAGCGAUGUCCACUACUGGCAGCGUGGCCGUAUUGGUGACUUCGUAGUCACCGGCCCUAUGGUCCUGGGCCAUGAAUCCUCCGGCGUCGUCGUCGAGACCGGUGACAAGGUGACCAACCUUAAGCCCGGUGACCGCGUCGCCAUGGAGCCCGGUGUUCCCUGCAGACGAUGCGAUUACUGUCGCGGGGGCUCGUACCACCUCUGUGGUGACAUGAUCUUCGCUGCCACCCCGCCUUGGGACGGCACUUUGGCCAAGUACUACGUCAACGCUGCCGACUUCUGCUACAAGGUGCCCGACUCCAUGACGCUCGAGGAGGCUGCCAUGGUUGAGCCUGUCUCUGUCGCUUGCGCCAUUGUAAAGACCGCUGAUCUGCGCGCCCACCAGACUGUGCUUGUUCUCGGCUGUGGCCCCAUCGGUGUCCUGUGCCAGGCUGUUGCCAAGGCCGCCGGUGCGAAGACUGUUAUCGGUGUCGAUGUUGUGCAGUCAAGACUCGACGUUGCCAAGUCAUACGGAACCGACCAUGUCUUCACUCCUCCCCGUACUGAGCCCGGUGCCGACCCCAUGGAGCACGCUGAGAAGGUUGCCACCAUGAUGAAGGAGCAGCUCGGUCUCGGUGAAGGUGCUGAUGUUGUUCUCGAGUGCUCUGGCGCAGAGCCCUGCGUUCAACUGGGUAUCUUUGCAGCCCGCCGUGGAGCUACUUUUGUGCAGGCCGGUAUGGGUAAGGAGAAUAUCACUUUCCCCAUUACUGCUGUCUGCACUCGUGGCUUGAUUAUUAAGGGAUCCAUUCGCUAUCUGACUGGCUGCUAUCCUGCUGCCAUUGACCUGAUUUCCAAGGGUCUGAUCGAUGUUAAGCGAUUGAUCACCAACCGCUAUAAGUUUGAGCAGUCCGAGGAGGCGUUCGAGCUUGUCAAGGCGGGACGUCAUGACGUGUUCAAGGUUAUGAUUUCUGGUGUUGAUUAUUAA